AUGUCCUCUUGUGCUGACAUGGCAAGGAAGGACCGCUACAACAAGAAGAUCCUGAAGUAUUAUGUCACGUACAACGAAGAUGACUCGGACAUGGACGAGCAGAUCGACACCGAAAAACAUGAAGAGCAAGAGACGGGCAAGCAGAAGCUUGACCUGAGCGGCCCGACGAGCAGCGGCUUGGAGAAGGCGCCCACGGUGAGCGACAGCGAUCAGGAGAGCUCCGCGGAUGAGAAGGAGAAGAAGGCCAUUGAGGUCACCCACGGCCAGCAGGAGCUCAUCAACUUCAAGAAGUUCUCUGAUUCGCUGCUCUCAAAGUCAGCCAGGCUCCACAACCUGCUCGCUGAGCUAGAGGAGUACAUCCCCGACAUGCCCGAUGGUGCCGACAAGAAGAAAGCCCAGAAGUCUGCCAAGGGAUUGGAGGAGGUCAUCGGUGUCCUGGAAGAUGAGAAUGAAAAGAUGGAGACAUGUCGAGCUCAGUGUGCGAAGCUGUCCAACACGCAGCUUAGUGAGGAAGACUUGAAGAGGCUUGUGUCGCAGCUGGAUGGCCAAAUGCAGAAAACCACGGUUGCGUGCCUUGUCAGCACAGCUUUCCAGGAACCUGCUGAAGAAGCUGAAGGCUGGCAGCUGAGCACCGCUACGGUGCUGGAGCUGAUCCGAGCCUCGCCCAGGAACAUGUCCCCAUCAAUGCAGAUGCCACCGCCUACGUGUGGCAAGAUACUCCUGCGAUGCAAGAAUCAUGCUUCAGCCUUCCGUGAGCACAUGGGUGUGCAGCUGUGUGUGUUCAAAAUCGGUGUGACCGCCAAUGUCCCACGCCGUUAUGCUGACUAUGUAAAGAAAAACUUCACAGCAAUGUGGAUCCUACAUUCUGGAGAUGAAGCUGCCGUAAUUCAGCAAACAGUGGUGGUGAAGGCCCCAUGCAAGCACGUCGUGGAGAUUGCGAUCGCUGCUGUGGCAGACGAUCCAGAGGGGGGGCACACGCCUGCUCUCCGAGAGUUGACUUCUGUGUCUUUGACUGAUGCUGAAACAGGGGUGCAUCGUGUUUUCAGGAAGUAUGGCCUAGCUGCUGAUUUGCCUUUGAAGAGGGCUGUCAUUGGACCAGGGCCACUGGCAGCCUUUCCCUACUUGAACUUUUCCGAUUGGGUAAAGUAUCUCGUCGAGAGGAGGCAGCUUGGGCAGCUUUGUGGGACGAACGACAUUCAGCAGAUGAAUGUGCUGCUGUCUGAGUUCUGGCGCAGAUACAAAUUAGUGGAGCCCGAUCAUGAACUUUGGGCCUUUGCAGCUGCCAACGAGGUCGACUUGAAGUUUUGUUUGCCAAUCUACAGUCAUACCGACGAAGGCCGAACAUUGAAGAAAAAGCCGAUUUGGAUCUUGUCAUGCCAUGGUGCAUUAGGUGCCGGCACAUCCAAGAACAUCAGAAAUGUGCCGGUUUCGCCCACGAACAUCAUGGAAGAUGGCAUGCGCCUUAACUUCCUCGGCAACACUUGGGGGACCCAGUUCCUGGUGUCUGUGAUGACGAGGCACCUGCAGACUCAGCACCCAGACUCCAUGCAGAAAGUUGUUGCACACUUCGCAAAGGACAUGCACAUGCUCCUUAAGCAGGGAGUUACAUCCAAGGAUGGAAGUUUGAAGAUCUGGUGCAUUCAUAUAGCAAACAAAGGAGAUCUCCCGGCUUUGAUCCGGAUGGGGAACUUUGAGCGGAACUAUGCUCGGUGCCCAAAGGCACCGAGCUCCAAGAAGCAAUGUCUGGGAAUCUGCCAUUAUUGCCAAGCGGGUGUGGAAGGACCGGGCAACACACCGCUCCAUCCAUGGGAGGACUUCCGGGAAAGUGCGUCAUGGCGCAGUACACUUUUUCAGGAGGUUCCAUGGGAGAUUGAGCCUCAGGUUCUCAUGGGCCUUCCAACAGCUCGCGGCGCACAAGAAAGCUUUUUCGUUGUGGAUGUUUGGCAUACAUUUCAAUAUGGAAUUGCGCGAUACUACCUGGGCUCGGCGAUGAUUCAUUUCAUCACUCACUUCUUUCAUGACAGCUCAUGGGAUGCCAAGUUUGCUCACUUGUCGACGGAGUACUUUGCUUUUUGUCGCACACGGAGGUUGACACCACACCUCCAGGAGAUCAAUGAGUAUACUUUCAACUACGAGUCCGAGAAGGCCUUUCCCCUGGGCCAUUGGGCUAAGGGUGCAGUCUCCACCAACAUGAUGCUCUUUUUGGAGGACCUCUUGCAGAGGUAUGUUGUGGAUCAAACGGAUGAUGAAAUUUUUCUGGCACUUGUGCCUGGCUCGAAAGGACAGCACGGCUUCUAUUAG